UUAAAUUAAAUAAGAACUAUUUAAAAUGGAAGAAAAUACAAAAGAUCCUGAUUGGAAGAGCAAGCUCAAGGUCCUAACUGGAAUUCCCGUGAUUAAAGAAAAGAAUGCAAAGCCAAGAUUUCCUACCUUAGACAUGUCUGAAAAUGGGGAAAGUCAAGUAAAGAUAGAGGACCAAGGGAAUUUCAUCAUUCAUGAAACUCCUAGAAGCUUGUCUGAAAAUAAUACAACCCCUCAAAAAGUUGAGGAAUCGAAGCAAAGGCAUCUAUUUUAUAUGAAAAACAUUCACAUAGAUGAUCAAGACCUCAGCAACCUUAAUGAUAAUGACUACCUUAACUUUUAUAAUAACGAUCAGAUCAAUGUGGACCCGAGGGAAGAAUUACGGAAUUUAUUAUGUCCAUCUGCUAAUCCUGUCUCGUUAAACUCAAGCAAAGGCUUACCAGAUUUAGCUCUUGAGACAUACAAUUUCAACCAAUCCUAUGUAGAAGGAGACUCACAGCGGUCUUAUGAUCUGUUUGCUGAUAAUGUUGAAGAAAAUAUGCUUACCACGUUCAUUGUUAAGGACACUUCUCAAGAAUCUUUAACAGAACGUGAGCCAGAACCUCCAGAAAAAUCACCCUUAGCUCAAGAAAAUCAGAUGCUCAAAGCGAAGGUGGCGUUUCAAAAUAAAGUGAUAUCAAUCCUCAAAGAGAAGGUAUCUGACCUGAACGUAGUAAAAGACUUGCGAUCACAGCUGAAAGCAACCACUGAAGAGAAUGGAGCACUUAAAGAGAAAUAUAUUCAAGCUAAAGAAGAAUCUAUCAAAAAUCUUGAGCUUUUACACUCACAAAUGAAAAAGGACCAAGAGAACAUCAGCAUUAAGAAUAAGCUCUAGAAGAAAGAGUUGAACAGCUUGAGAGCAUUAAAAGAAAACUCGAAAUUGAGCUUGAUAAUAAAACUAAUCUCAUGCCUCGCUCGAUCAAAAUAUCUUCCCCGAGGCAGAUUUUUCUUCAAGAUUCACAGAAAGGAAUCGGUAACACCAGUUCGAAAUCUCUCUUUGGCAAAAAGUGGUCUCUUGCUUCAAAGAAGGAGGUUGAUCCUGAUACACAAAUUCUCCAUCAAUUCUUGAUAACUUUGAACAAAAUGCUGAAUGACUUCAAAUAUCCUGACAGGAUAAACUCGAUCAAAAGUAAACUUUUCAAGAACAAUUGGAAAGUCAAGAUUAAUGAUAUGGACCAGAAUGAGAUCCUAGCAUCUAUUGUUUGAAGAAUAUCAGCUCUGAUUAAAGCAUGAGAAAAAAUUUCCAGGUGACAUCCAAAUAAGAAUAAAUCCAUAAAACCUAAUUUGAGCUCAAAUCGGACUCUGGGGGAUAAUUAUGAGACCAAAACAAGCGCUCUCUCUUCCUACCUCACAAACCCAAUUUACAGUCCUCCAAAAACCAUAUAUCCAAAAUCUCACCUCUAAACAUUCAAAAAAUGUCCAAAAACUCUAAAUCCCCCUCCUUCCGCUCAUACCAGAACUACAACCUAAAAAUAAUCAACAAAUCGAAACCAAAAUCCAAAGCCAGUCACCCCAAAAAGGUCACUCUAAAAUACUCCCGCAACAAGCCUGCCCCUGGCACCUCUGUCACCUCCAAGCGUGUCUCCAAAUCCACCACUGAGGUAAACUCCAUCGACGAAAAACACCGUAAGCCCAGAAUAGAGAAGUUCGCACACAUAAAGAAACUAGAGAAGAUCCCUAGCAAUAUCUGAAUGAAGCUUAGCCUGAAGAAAAUGCAGAAGAGCAAGCAGAGUACUAAGAAGAAUUUGAAGUAGAGAUUUUAGGAAAUUAGGCUUUCAA